UCCAAAUCUUCAGCAUCAAGAUGAAAACCGUCAUCAUUAUUUUUGCGCUCAUUGCGGUGGCUCUCGCCCAGGAGACGAUCUACACCAGCAAGUACGACAAUAUCGAUGUGCUAGAGAUCGUCAAAUCGGAUCGGCUCUUCAAGAACUAUUACAACUGCCUGCUGGAACAGGGCAAGUGCCCACCGGAUGCGGCUGAGCUGAAACGUGUCCUACCGGAAGCCCUGGAAACCGACUGUGCCAAGUGUAGCCCCAAGCAGAAGGAGAGCAGUGAUAAGGCCAUCGAGUAUCUUUCGGCCAACCGACCGGAAGAAUGGGCCGCCUUGAAGGCCAAGUACGAUCCCGAAAACAAGUACGUCGAGAAGUAUCGCGAGAAUGCCGAAAAGAUCGGAAUCAAACUGUAAAUGGAUGUAUACGUGAUGUGAUCAGUGAUACUUCAAUGUUGGAUUUACUCAAAGAUAUUUGAAAACCGAUUCAUAACCAAAUACUCAACAGUGAUUUCAAUAAUUUGAUUCAAUAAACUAAUCUGUGAUUAUCAAAA